UGAACAUGCAUUUAAUAGUCGUUAAGUAUGUCUAGCAAGUGGACGUUAGCACUAGCAGUGCUGCUAGUAAUUUGUGUUACCAUACAUGUGGAAGCUAAAACCAAAGCCUGGUGGGAAACAGCUUCAUUCUAUCAAAUCUAUCCACGUUCCUUUAAGGAUUCCGAUGGUGAUGGUGUGGGUGAUUUAAAGGGAGUGACCAGUAAGUUGUCAUAUUUGAAAGAAAUAGGCAUAGCUGCCACUUGGCUAUCACCAUUUCUCAAAUCGCCCAUGGCUGAUUUUGGUUAUGACAUAUCCAAUUUCACUGAGGUGGAUCCCUUGUUUGGUACCAUGGAGGAUUUCGAAGAACUAAUGAAGAAAUCCAAGGAGCAGGGGGUUAGAAUUAUAUUGGAUUUUGUACCAAAUCAUUCAAGUGAUGAAUGCGAGUGGUUUGUUAAGUCAGCCCAAAAUGAUCCCGAGUAUAAGGACUAUUACAUUUGGCAUCCGGGUAGAAUAGUGAAUGGUACACGCUUGGUGCCCAAUAAUUGGGUUAGUGUAUUUAGAGGUUCUGCCUGGGAGUGGCAUGAGGGGCGUCAGGAGUAUUAUUUGCAUCAAUUUCACAAAAAACAACCAGAUUUUAAUUUCCGCAAUCCCAAAGUUAGAGAGGCUAUGAAUAAUAUCUUACGCUUUUGGCUAAACAAAGGCAUUGAUGGUUUUCGUGUGGAUGCCAUAUAUCAUGCCUUUGAAAUAGCACCCGAUGCUGAGGGAAAUUAUCCAGAUGAGCCUCGCAAUGAUUGGACCAAUGAUCCGGAUGAUUAUGGUUAUGUGCAUCAUAUAUACACAGUAGAUCAACCAGAGACUCCUCUCUUGGUUUAUGAAUGGCGUCAGGUUUUGGAUCAGUUCCAAAAAGAUCAUGGAGGGGAUGAAAGAAUCCUUAUGGUUGAAACCUGGUCUCCCAUUGAAAUAGUCAUGGAAUAUUAUGGCAAUUCGACGGCAGAGGGCGCUCAAAUUCCUUUCAAUUUUCAAAUGAUCAGCUAUUUGUAUAAUGAUUCGGAUGCUUAUCAUUAUGCCAACUUAAUUAAUGAGUGGUUGAGUAAAAUGCCUGCGGGUCGCACUGCCAACUGGGUGGUUGGUAAUCAUGAUAAAAAUCGUGUGGGUUCACGUUUUGGCCCCGAACGCAUGGAUAUGUUUAAUAUGCUGCUGUUAACUUUACCCGGCUGCAGUGUCACCUAUAAUGGUGAAGAGAUAGGCAUGACUGAUGUCUGGAUUUCGUGGCAGGAAACGGUGGAUCCUCAGGCCUGUAAUGGUGUGGAAGAAGGUUAUGAAUAUCGUUCUCGAGAUCCUGCUCGUACUCCCUUCCAGUGGAGCGAUGAGCUUAAUGCUGGUUUUUCUACUGGCAAUGAGACUUGGCUGCCGGUCAGUCCUGACUAUAAGAGGGACAAUCUUAAACGUCAACGUGGCAUUUCUCUUAGUCAUUUGAAUAUUUUCAAGCAAUUGCAAUUGUUGAGAGCUGAAAAUACUUUGAGAGAUGGUGAGGCAGAGGUUAAAGCCUUAAAUGCUGAUGUUUUGGCGGUUAAGCGCUCUCUUUACAACGACUUCACCUACAUUACCUUAAUGAACAUCUUCGAUUCUGUACAAACGGUCAAUCUAAAUGACAUUUUCAGCAAUUUACCAAUAGAAUUUCAAUAUGUCGUGGUGACGGACAAAUCCAUUAGAAGAAAAGGUGACAAAGUUUCCAGCACUAAAGUGAUAUUAUUGCCCAAGGAAGCAGUUGUGCUUAAAUCAACCAUAAAAGUAUAAACUAAAAUCUAAUUGAAUUUCAAAUUGUGCUGACUGUGAAAUUUGCUAUGUUUUAGUUAUGAUAUAAAAUAAAACAGAAUGAAUAAAAAAUAAGUGAGUGAAA